AUGGACCGCUACGUCCUCCCCGCCGCUUUCAUCACCAUCCUAGCGGGCUUCGCCGCCCUGGGCGCCAGCUGGUGGUGGCACGCGCCCGAGGUCGGGGAGCUGGGGGAGGCCGCCACGUGCACGCCGGGCAUGCGCGUCUGCGUCCCCGCCACCGUCGGCCCCGGCGAGGAGGACGGCGGUUGGGACGGAGGGAUUAUGGGGUGUUGGGAAGGGGUGCGGAAGGUGGUGGGGGGUUGUGAUGUAGGGUAG